AUGGACAACAGAAACGCCCAGAUGUACGUGGAGUGUAGGAUCAAGGCUCCAGAGGCCCAGCCAAGUCCUGGCCUGAGGACUGCCAGCAACACAGCUGGUGUUGAGCCCACCAUAUCAGAAGUCAGCCAGGUUGUGUUUCCAGAUGCUGAAGGGAUAGACAGUGGGAAGCAGCCCUCAUCAGAACCAGGAGAGCCAGAGGACGUGCCCAGACACAGAGAGGCAUCAGAGGAGGGGUCUCUGGAGCUCAGCACCCAGCAGCAGAUGCCUCCGGCGGGGCCAAGGAUGAAGCAGUCAUCUUUGGCCCCCCAGGAAGGGCCCGGGGAGUUGCAAGCAGGCCAGGAUCAGGCCAUGCCAGGAAGUGAGCUGGAGGUGCUGCCCUCCAGGGUCCCUGCAGCACAGGAAAGGCUGCAGCAGCAGAGCUCAUGGAAGGAGACGGAGGACCAACAGGGGAGCCAGCAGAACCUAGGGACCGUGGAGGGUCAAUUCCCCGAGGGCCGCCAGGUAAUGUCCAUGGAGACCUGGGCAGGAGGGUAUGGAAUGACUGACCCACAGGGGGCAGGGAAUUGUUGGAGGAGAUGGGGGGUUCUGUGUAAAAUUAAAAUCGGGACAUGCUGGAUUUAACAAAGCU